AUGGUAAACACUGCAUCGUGCAUCAUUUUAUCCAGAGCCAAGCCGGCCUCUUCCGAGGGCGUAAAGAAGUCCGCGUCGGAGAAGAGGAUCCCAAAACUAGAAGAGUUCUUACAGAAACGCGAUUACACGGGUGCUCUGACACUGCUGGAAUUCAAUAAUGCCACAGAAAGUACUUUGAGCUCGGAACUAUGGAUGGGGUACUGCGCCUUCCACCUGGGAGACUACAAACGGGCGACCGGCAUUUACGAGAAUUUGAAGAAACGCGAGCAAACACCGCCGGACCUGCCUACGAACUUGGCCUGUUGCUACUUCUACCUUGGGAUGUACCCUGAGUCUCAGAAACUAUUGGAAGAAGCGCCGCAUAGCAAACUAAAGAACAGACUGUUGUUCCACUUGUCUCAUAAGACUGGCAACGAAGCCAGGCUGAUGGAAUACCACCACAUGCUGGAAGACGUGAUCGAGGACCAACUCAGUCUGGCGUCCAUUCACUAUCUGAGAGCUCACUAUCAGGAAGCCAUCGACGUUUACAAAAAGAUUCUACUGGAGAACAGAGAUUAUUUCGCACUGAACGUAUACGUUGCCCUGUGUUAUUACAAACUGGAUUAUUACGACGUCGCGCAGGAGGUUCUCCAGGUUUAUUUGCAAAAGUAUCCCGACAGCGCGAUCGCUAUCAAUCUGAAGGCAUGCAAUCAUUUCCGUUUGUACAACGGAACCGCCGCGCAGAACGAGAUGAAGCAACUGACUGAGAAAAUGUCCAAUUCUUUCAGUUUCAGUCACGAUCUCAUACGUCAUAACACGGUCGUGUUCAAAGGCGGAGAAGGAGCGCUGCAAAUUCUGCCGAAUCUGGUGGACGUGAUACCAGAAGCCAGGCUGAAUUUAGUGAUUUAUUAUUUGAAACAAGACGACGUGCGAGAAGCAUUCGAAUUGAUCAAAGAACUCGAACCAGCCGUGCCGCAGGAAUACAUUUUAAAAGGAAUAGUGAACGCGGUGAUGGGGCAAGAGACAAAUUCGCGCGAUAAUAUAAAGACGGCUCAGCAGUAUUUUCAACUGGUCGGUUCCUCGGCGUCGGAAUGCGACACGAUACCCGGUAGACAGUGUAUGGCCUCGUGUUUCUUCCUUUACCGGCAGUUCGAGGAAGUUCUCGUCUACUUAAAUUCGAUCAAGACUUACUUUUCUAACGAGGACAAUUUCAAUUUCAAUUACGCCCAAGCGCAGACUGCUGCGGGCUAUUUCAAAGAGGCUGAGGAGGCGUUCUUGAAUAUACGGAAUGAGAAAUAUAAAAAUGAUUACAUUUACAUAAGCCUUCUGGCGCACUGCUACAUAAUGAACAAGAAGCCUCAGCUGGCCUGGGACUUGUACUUAAGAAUGGACACGUCGACGGAGUCGUUUAACUUGCUUCAAUUAAUUGCGAAUGACUGCUACAAAGUCGGCGAGUUUUGGUACGCGGCGAAGGCCUUUGAUAUGCUAGAAAGGAUGGACCCGAGUCCCGAGAAUUGGGAAGGAAAACGCGGUGCUUGCUGCGGAACGUUUCAGUACAUCGUGGCUGAAAGGCAGCCGAAGGAGUUGUUGUCGGAAGUUAUACAGCUUUUGAAGAACACUUCGAAUUCACAAGUGGAACAGAUAAUUCGAGUGAUGCGGAAAUGGGGCAAAGAUAACAGGAUCAGUUGCUGAUGGCAACGAUCGAACGUCUUUUAUCCGACAGCUCGAUUGUUUAACGUGUUAAUUAUAAUUUCAAUUAUAUCGAUAGAUUACAAUAAAAUUAUACAAACCUUG